GAGGAGACGGUGCCCCGGUGGCGUUGCCGAACGCCAGGGCUCUUGGGUGGCCCGUUGAGGGUGGUGUGGCGGCUUGUUUUUGUUUUCCUCUCGAGCGGGCGAUGGCCAAGAAGCGGGGGCAGAGGCGUGCCUUGGCGCGGCCACGGCGGUGCGAGCCCAGGGCGUCCGGAGCUGCGCGCCUUGGGGCGCUGGGGGCCGCCGCACUGGCUCCUCCGUGCAGGGCUGCGGUGCGCGCCGCCGGGAAGGCAGCGGGUCCGAGAGAAGCGCUUCUCGGGCUGGUUGCAGCAAUGGAAGAAAAUAGCUUGGGCAACCUGCAACAAAGGGCAGCUGAGCUGGAGUGCAUGGCAGAGGUCCUUCUGACAGGGGAACAGCUAAGGCUCAGGCUGCAUGAAGAAAAAAUUAUUAAAGACCGAAGACAUCACCUGAAGACUUACCCAAAUUGUUUUGUUGCCAAAGAAUUGAUUGACUGGCUGAUUGAUCACAAGGAGGCCUCUGACAGGGAGACAGCAAUUAAACUUGUGCAGAAGUUACUGGAUCGUAGUAUUAUCCACCAUGUUUGUGAUGAGCAUAAGGAAUUCAAGGAUCUCAAACUUUUCUACCGCUUUAGGAAAGAUGAUGGAACAUUCCCACUUGACAACGAAGUGAAGGCUUUCAUGAGAGGACAGAGAAUAUAUGAAAAGCUUAUGAAUACUGAAAAUGUUAUUUUACAAGCCAGAGAAGAAGAAGGAGCAAAAUAUGAACGUACUUUCAUGGCAUCUCAACUGAUUGACUGGUUGAUCCAGGAAGGAGAGGCCGCCACAAGAGCUGAGGCUGAACAACUUGGCCGUAGACUGCUGGAGCAUGGAAUUAUACAACACGUGUCCAACAAACACCAUUUUAUGGAUAGUAACCUGCUCUAUCAGUUCCGAAUGAACUUCCGCCGCAGGAGGAGGCUGAUGGAACUGCUUGCCGAGAAGUCCCGCUUGAUGCCCGAAAGUCACGAUAGUCCCUUUUGUCUACGAAAGCAAAAUCAUGACCAUAAAAAACAUGCCACUUUCCUCUCAGGUAAGCGUUUGAUUAGAGCUGAAGAUUACCGCUCUGUCCCUGACUCUCAGGUUAUAUGGAACUAUGCAUAGGAACUGUUGCAAUAAUCAGAUUGUACAGCGUGUUUUACCAGCUUGUUUCUGGAUACAGCUCAGAAGGUGUGUAAUUAUUUUUGAAGUGCUCCAUGGUUAGGAUACCAUAUAUGAAAGCUGGAAGGACCAAUGUCAGAAACAGAGAACCAGGGACCAAGCAGGUCUAUCACAGUAACAGUGCCCAGGUGUCCACCACUGAGAAAUGACCACCUUGCGGUCCAUCAUGAUACACCAGUGGGAAAAAGACAUGUAAGGUUUGAACCUGGGCACAUGUAUUUAUGGCUUCAGGCUCAUAGCUGGCAGUUGUGCUAUAAUUACUAUACCUCUUUUCUAGUAUCUAUAAUAAUAAUAAGUUAUCAAAGAGCUACAUUCUUGAAUCUCUGCCUACUGAACUUCAUGUUUGAGGUCUGGGUGAAGACUCACACCCCUUCCUUCCAUAUUUUCUACUUGUUUUCUAAGUUCUGAAGUACCAAGAGAAGUGAAUAAGUGUAGCUCAGGGUUGAGCUGUGGAGUCCUUGGGGUUCUUUG